CGAUCAGCUUAACUUGCUUGGACAUCACCAUGCGUUUCAUCACAGUUUGCAGUAUGUUGUUGGUUGCUGUGUGGGGAGCUGAUGCCAUGUCAGCGCGCCGUAUUACGAAAUGUGCUAACUUCGCUUCGUCACAAAGAGUGCAACAGCGUUGUCGACGAAAGCUGACGUCCGACCCAGUCUUCAUACAGCUAAUGCAGUCCGGAAAACCCAUAUGCGAAAUGAUGAUUGAAGUCACAGAAAUGUCCUACAAUUGCAUUUCUGCCCAAAUCAAGUCUAAACCUAAGUGUAACGACCCAGCUCUUGAUCCAUCUCUUAAAGAGGGAGGAGCCAUCGCCAUAGAUAUGAUCAAAUCCAUGUAUUGCGCCGGUACAACAGAAAAUAGUGUAAAAAGGAGCGUGGACGACCUGGAAGCUGCACAUAUUGCAGAGAUUGCUGUCAAUACAGUGGCUACAAACAUCUAAGAGAUGAAUGCAUAACUUUUUUGCUUUGUAAAUGUAUCAAUUACUAAAUAUGGAAAAAUAUACUUCAAAA